AUGGCAAACGCCGGACUCCAAGCCACGCUUCGUGCGCUCCCUGUCCUGCAAGGAGCAUCGCAUCCAAAAGCAGAAUUCGCUUCAUUCCCUGAAACCCCUCACCAAGCAUUCGAGACAUGGCUCGACGAGGCUAUCUCCGCCAACGUCCCCGAACCUCACGCCGUAACUCUCUCAACAGUCGAUGAGCAAGGCUACCCCGAUGCGCGCGUCCUAAUCCUCAAGAACGUCGAUCACCGCGGCUGGCACUUCGCCAUCAAAGCCACCAGCCCCAAAGGGCAUCAAAUCUCAUCCAACAACAACGUCGCACUUACAUUCUACUGGCCCAAAAUCGGACGACAGAUCCGUCUGCGCGGUAAAGCAAGCUCCCUGUCGAGAAGUGAGUGUGAGCAGGAUUGGACGGCUCGAUCGGCUAUGGCCAAGAUCACUGCCAAGGUGUCGAGGCAGAGCGAACCACUUAAUGACCCGCAUGAGCUGGAAGCCAAGAUGGCGGAAGCCGUGAAAAGUCAUGAGAUUGAGGGACAAGAGCCAAGUUCUGAGGGAUGGGUGGUGUAUGCGGUUGCGCCGCAGACUGUUGAGUUCUGGCAGGCUUCUAGUGAUCGUCUGCAUCAGCGAUUGAAGUACACUUUGGAUCCCGCCCAGAGCACCUGGAGCAAAACAGCUCUUUGGCCAUAA